AGACCAUAUGUUUUGUUAAUCGAGUUGAGUUGAAAUAUAAACACAACCGAGCAGAUCUGUCCGUGAUCCAUGAAUUGAGUCUGAAGUAGAAGCUCUUAUUAUUUAAUUUAAUUUUUUUAAAACAAGGAAGUGCUUUAUUUGUUCGAUUUAACGGAAUAAUGAUUUCCGAAGUGGAUCUUGUAAAUAAGGACAGUGCAGUUCGGGUUGCUGUCAGAAUUCGACCUCAAAACUCUAGAGAGCUCAUAGAUAUGUGUCGUAUUUGUACGACAGUUACUGUUGGAGAGCCUCAGAUUUUUCUUGGAUCGGACAAAGCAUUUACUUUUGACUAUGUCUUUGAUACUAAUUCCAAUCAGUGUGAUAUUUACUCGGAAUGCGUUGAAAGAUUGGUGGAUAAUACGCUGCAUGGCUAUAAUGCCACUGUGUUAGCUUACGGACAAACAGGAUCUGGGAAGACGUAUACAAUGGGCACUGGUUUCGAACAUGACUCCGAAUCAUCCGAGUCUGUUUUACUUGGAAUUAUUCCACGGGCUGUCCAACAUAUUUUUAGUGGUAUCGAACAGUUGGAAGCUUCAAGCUCUUCGGAACUCCCAGCAUCUGGUGGAAGUCCACAGUUUAGUCUAGCUGUUCAAUAUAUCGAAUUAUAUAACGAAGAAAUCGUUGAUCUACUAGACCCUUUCAACAAAAAUACCAACUUUAAGAUACAUGAAGACAGCAGCGGGCAAAUAACUAUUUCUGGCGCAUCAAUAAAGCCAAUUAUACAACCUUUAGAUGCCUUAAAGUACCUUCAACAAGGAGCACUAGCUCGCACGACUGCUUCAACAAAAAUGAACGAUCAGUCGUCUCGAUCACAUGCUUUGUUUACAAUUUUCGUUCGCAGACAGCGUUUACUUGCACCAAAUGACAAUGUUUCGGAUAACGACUUGGAAACCCUGACAUCCAAAUUCCAUUUUGUUGACUUAGCUGGUUCCGAAAGGCUCAAAAGAACCCAGGCCACCGGCGAACGGGCUCGCGAAGGUAUAUCCAUUAAUAGCGGGUUACUUGCAUUGGGUAAUUGUAUUUCAGCGCUCGGUGAUAAAUCUAGGAGAGCUAUGCACGUCCCUUACCGAGUCUCUAAGCUUACCCGUCUUCUCCAGGAUUCGUUGGGUGGCAAUAGCCAGACCUUAAUGAUUGCCUGCGUGUCGCCAAGCGAUCGAGAUUUUAUGGAAACAUUGAAUACCCUGAAGUAUGCAAACCGAGCACGGAACAUUAAAAACAAAGUUAAGAUUAACCAAGAUCAGAGUUCUCGGACAAUUUCCCAACUGCGUAGAGAAAUUGCAGCAUUGCAACUGGAGUUAUUAGAAUACAAACAGGGUAAGCUUGUUGUAGAUUGCGAAGGAAAUACCGCCAUCUCCGAUACAUUUAAUGAGAAUAAAUUGCUUAUGUCGGAUAAUAAAAGACUACAGCAACGCCUCAAAACGUUACAAAGCACGAUUACUACUUUGACGGAGAGAAACGUGUAUCUGAACACAAAAUUUGAUUCUAAUAAAUUGAAUAGUAAGGAAUGCUCUGAUGACGAAAUAACGAAAGUAAUUGGCCAAUAUAUGAUGGAAAUCGAACAACUUCAGACCAAACUUAUAGAGUCCGAAGAAUAUCGAAAACAAAUGGAAGCCAAAGUCGCAUUUUUAUCUAGAAACACUAAACCUGUUUAUGACGUUGACCUGGUAGAAAAAGCUAAAAAAGAUUUAGAAAGGGAAAGGGAGCUUCUGAUGUCGCGAUCUUUGCCAGGAACUCAAAAUCAAAACGUCAGCGUUGAAGAACCUGAAGCUGGCAGUAGCGAUUCCGAAGGAGAGGGAGAAGUGGACAAUUUGGAAACCAUCGAAAACGAUAUAGAAAUGAGAACCAAACUUAUUAAGCAACUGGAGUUAACCAAUGAAAGAUGCGUUCUUAUGCAAAGGUACUACGAGGACCAACUUAAUAUUUUGAAAAACAAAAUCGGGAACACUCAAAAAGAACGAGACGAUGUUUUGGCUAAUAUGGCAUCAUCAUUAUCAACAAAGUCAAACGAUAGCUUAGCAGAAGUUAAGUUAGAAUUUGAAGCAAAGAUAAGCAGCAUGAAAAUCCAGGUAAAGAAACUGCAAAACGCCCAAAGAGAACAUAUUCGACAACAGCAAAAAACCAAGUCUAAUGAAAUAAGAAUAAGUAAAAUGCGAGAUGAGCUGAUAGGUUUAAAAAACACAAAAGUUAAAUUAAUGAAUAAAAUCACACAGCAAUCAAACCUCCACAAAGAAGAAGACAGUCGAAAAUCCAAGGAAAUUGCUCAGCUACUGAAAGAACAGCGCCGUCAGAAAAAUGCUGUAAUAUCUUUGGAAGCCAAAAUAAAUGCGAAAGAACAAAUUUUGAAAAGAAAAACAGAGGAAGUUAUUGCCCUUCGCAAAAGUCAAAGAGGAAAGUCCGGACAACGAGCACCUCCUCAUUUAACUUCAAAAAUUACCACAUUAGAUGGUUUCACAUCCCGAUCUGCACGACAUCGUUGGGAAAAUUUGUACCGCACAAUAUUACACGCAGCCAGAAACAGGCAACUUAUCACGCAAUUGGAAAAGGAGUUGGAACGGUUAAUAUUGGAGCGUGAAGAUCUCUCCCGUGAACUGAUUAUAGCGCAAAAUAAUUCAGGUGCCGAAAAGCGGACGGAAGACUUCAAUGAAGUGGACAAUCUAAAAACAAACAUAAGUUAUAUUCAGGAAAAUAUAGAGCAUGUGCAGCAGGCUAUAAUGGAAUUUGAAGACACAAAAGACACUGUACAGAGUGAUGUUAAUAAGAUUCAGAGUGUUUUGGACGAAGUUGCAACUGUGGCGGAAGCCAAAUUCAUUCUACAGAAGUUUACCGACAGUUCCAUUGUGAUGUCUUGCAAUUUGGCCAUCGCCGAAUCCCAUUUACAAGAGAACGAGUCGCUAUUAAAAGAAGCUAAGCAAGAAAGUAGCAUCCAACAGCAAAUAUUACAACAUUUCCUAUCGCAAAACAGCAAUGUACAUAUAGCCGACAUAUUUGAUUCAUUGAAUCUCAAAAGCAGUAACCUUAUAAGGAGUGUAUGUCGCGGUUCUCAAAAGUCGUUGCUAAGCAAUGCCACCUAUGACAUCCCACAAGACGAUACGUUUUCAGAAUCUACUCAUGUGGAAAUGCGGAUGGCUAAGAGUAGGAGUCCUUCACCAUUUGGAAAUGCAGACCCUUUUGAUAAGAGCCCCAAAGUGCGGAGACGGACUGCCAAACGACAAGAUCUUCUUUUUGGGGAUACUGAAAUUCCAGAACAGACUAUAAAUAAAAUGACGUGAUUUAAAGAUGAGGUCAUAUAAAAAAGCCACGAUUGGAAUUAUAAUAUAGAUUUAUAACCUCCGGCGAACAAAUAUUUAAAAGACAGGGUCUUUUUAGAAGGUAACAAUAUAUUUAUUUUGUCU